UGGGUUCAUACCACUUGGCCACGAUGAGGGGGCUGCUCACAGUCAACGUACUUUUUGUAGCUGUUCUAUGCAAGGAGACAUUUGAGGGGCAUCAGGUGUUGCGGAUCUCUGUGAAGGAUGACGUCCAGCUGUCUUUUGUCAAAAACCUGGAGGACAUGAUGGAAUUUGAGCUGGACUUCUGGAGACAGGUCACUGGUGUGUCCUCUACUGUGGAUGUCAGAGUUCCCUACCACAGCCUGCAGUCUGUCAAAGGUUACUUGGAGAGCCUGGACAUCCAGUACUAUGUUAUGAUCCAAGACCUGCAGGUGCUGGUAGAUGAGGAGAAGAAGGAGAUGAAGUCUGCUGCUGGUGUCGCUAAGCCCAGAAGCACUGACAACUUUGACUACUCCAAGUACCACAACCUUGCUGAGAUCUACAAUUUCCAGGACAUGCUGGUGACUGAGAAUCCCAACACGGUCAGCAAGAUAGUGAUCGGUCGGAGCUUUGAGGGCCGUCCCCUCAAUGUGCUGAAGUUCAGCACCGGUAGAACCAACCGUCCUGCCAUCUGGAUUGACACUGGAAUCCACUCCAGGGAGUGGGUCACUCAGGCCAGCGGCACCUGGUUUGCCAAGAAGAUUGUGACUGAUUAUGGACGUGACCCUGUUCUCACUGCCAUCCUUGACAAGAUGGACAUCUUCCUGGAGAUUGUGACCAACCCCGAUGGAUACAGCUUCACUCACAGUAAUAACCGCAUGUGGCGUAAGACCAGGAAGCCUAACCCUGGCUCCCGGUGUGUGGGGGUGGAUCCCAACAGAAAUUGGAAUGCUGGCUUUGGAGGACCUGGUUCCAGCAGCGAUCCCUGCUCAGAGAUUUAUCGUGGACCCAGUGCUCACUCUGAGUCUGAAGUCAAGUCCAUCACUGACUUUGUGAAGUCUCACGGCAACAUCAAGGCCUUCGUAUCCAUCCAUUCCUACUCUCAGAUGCUCCUGUACCCCUAUGGCUACACCAAAACCCCUGCCAAAGACAACGCUGAGCUGCACAAACUGGCUCAGAAGGCCAUCACUGACCUGGCCUCUUUGUAUGGAACUCGCUACAGAUUUGGCAGCAUCAUCAACACCAUCUAUCAAGCCAGUGGUGGCACCAUUGACUGGACGUACAACCAGGGCAUCAAGUACUCGUACACCUUCGAGCUGAGGGACACUGGCGACUUCGGCUUCCUCUUGCCAGCCAGUCAGAUUAUCCCCACAGCUGAGGAGACAUGGCUGGCUUUGAAGGCCAUCAUGGAUUACACCUUCAAGAACCCAUAUUAAUGUGUGUGUUUGCAUCUGGAACGGCUGGACCCCACAAUGAUGAAACCUUUGCAGUGAAUGUCAAAAGCUAAAAUGUGAAUCUCUUAAUAUCCUGAACAGCAAAGACAGAGAAAGAAAGAAAUAAAUGCUGGAAAACUA